GCCGAGCAGGGCCCGCCCCGGCUUCCCACCCGCGGCCGCCAGGGAACUCGCCCAGCCCCGCGUUCCGCUCGCUGCCGCCGCCCGCGCUCGCGCCGCCCCGCAUCCCGGUCACUAGUCAGCACAGAAGUUCAGGAGACAAAGACACAGCCGUGCACAAUGUCUUACAGACGAGAGCUGGAGAAAUAUCGAGAUCUGGAUGAGGAUGAAAUCCUGGGGGCCCUCACAGAGGAGGAGCUCAGGACCCUGGAAAAUGAGCUGGAUGAACUAGAUCCUGAUAAUGCACUGCUCCCUGCAGGCCUGAGGCAGAAGGAUCAGACCACCAAGGCACCCACAGGCCCCUUUAAAAGAGAGGAGCUUUUGGACCACUUGGAAAAGCAAGCGAAGGAGUUUAAGGACCGAGAAGACCUGGUUCCCUACACAGGGGAGAAACGAGGAAAGAUCUGGGUCCCCAAGCAGAAGCCAAUGGAUCCUGUGCUGGAGAGCGUGACACUGGAGCCGGAACUGGAGGAGGCCCUAGCAAAUGCCUCAGAUGCGGAGCUGUGUGACAUCGCAGCUAUCCUGGGCAUGCACACGCUCAUGAGCAACCAGCAGUACUAUCAAGCCUUGGGCAGCAGCUCCAUCGUGAACAAGGAGGGGCUCAACAGUGUGAUCAAACCCACACAAUACAAGCCUGUACCUGAUGAAGAGCCAAACUCAACAGACGUAGAGGAAACACUCGAGCGGAUAAAGAACAAUGACCCAGAACUUGAAGAGGUUAAUCUCAACAACAUCCGGAAUAUUCCCAUACCCACCCUCAAGGCGUAUGCAGAAGCCCUGAAAGAGAACUCCUACGUGAAGAAGUUCAGCAUCGUGGGGACUCGCAGCAAUGACCCUGUGGCAUUUGCUCUUGCUGAAAUGCUGAAAGUAAACAAGGUGUUGAAGACACUGAACGUGGAGUCCAACUUCAUCUCUGGAACUGGGAUCCUGCGCCUGGUGGAAGCUCUCCCCCACAACACUUCUCUAGUAGAACUGAAAAUCGAUAACCAGAGCCAACCUUUGGGCAACAAAGUGGAAAUGGAGAUCGUGAACAUGUUGGAGAAAAACACAACGCUCCUCAAAUUUGGCUACCACUUUACCCAACAGGGGCCCCGGCUGCGGGCAUCCAACGCCAUGAUGAGCAACAAUGACCUUGUGAGGAAGAGGAGGCUCGCAGACCUGACGGGGCCUAUUAUUCCCAAGUGCCGCAGCGGUGUCUAGUGUGCAAAGGGAAGCCCACGCCUAUGAACUGGACAUGUUCUACCAAUAAUGUGUGUUCCCCAAUGGAGACCAGGAGGCAAAUGCUGGCGUGGAACUCUUGUGGUUCAGUUCUUUGUGCACUAAGGUUUAGGUUAACUAGUGACUGUAGUUGGACCUUUUACAAAUAUGAUUAAUGUGAAGUUUUUCGUUAGUCACAGAA